AUGAGAUAUUUGAGCAUCAAAACUUUAAGAGAUCUCUCCAUCAGCAUGGUAGCAACGAGGAACCAAAGCAAACAAGCUAAGAAAAUAAAGUUUGACGAUGAAGAUGUAAGCAUAGACUUGCCCUUGGGAAAAACGGAAGAUGUUGAAGAUCCUGCUAUGCUUUCAGAGGAAGAAAAUUCCAGUGAAGAUGAUAGCGAUGAGGGUCCGGAGGAGGAAUCCACCAACAAGGCAAAGGAAGAUUUAUUAGCCCAAGAAAAGGCCCGAAAAAAAGCUGAAGCUGAAGCAAAAAGAGAGGAGAGACAACGGAGAAGGCAGCAAGACUUAUACAAUAAACAACAACAAGAACUGAAAAAAACUAAGCAACAGAAGCUACCAUCCAUAGAAAUAUUACCUGACAUUUUACCUGACGAAAUCUUAGAAGCCAUUAAUGAUGAAAACGUUGAACUUGCAAGUGAAACCAUCCAACCAAGGCAUAAAAAAAUUGAAGAUUUUGACGUUGAGCUCAAGAAGCAGUUGAAACUUGAAAAAUUGAAGAAACUCAAAGCUCUCAAUAAAUCGUCCAUAAAGAAAGGUCCGGUACACGUCAAGGUGUUAAGUAGUCUCAAAGGAGUUCCUAGAGCAGAGAGCAAGAUCAUCAAUUCGAGAGAGAAGUGGUUGAAGAGAAAGUCAUUACAUAAGAAGUGACAAAUAGUUGUAUAUUAGCAUUAAAGAAAUUUGAUUACUGGACUGACGCAGAAACAGGUGUAUCUGUAGCCUCUAGAGACCCGCUCCUUGAUCGUGUUGUUGUGUAGUUUGAACACCCAUUCGUUCAUUUCUGUCCUUAUAGUUUGAAAUGGAAAUAUCAGGCUCUUGCUCCUGGAGGUUCUCCUCCUUCAAAUAUGAGUUCCCUUGAAGCCCAGCACUCACUGCCUCGUCGUACUCCACAAUAUCUUCAGGUGUAAGCUUUAUUGUAGUUGCAGCUCUUCUCAACAUGAUUUAUUUAGGUC